GACUCUGGCGGUGGGAGGACACACCAAUCAAAUCUGUGGUUUUGGAAAAAUUCGCGGCAUUCGGCGCAACACUGCUGCCGUAACCUCCUCAUACCUGAAGGAUGCGGAGCUAAAUAUUCCGACAAAAGACGUGCCCCACGGUCUAAAUACCUUGCAUUUCUGUCCCCGAUACACCAACCGCCCUCAAUUAAACACCUCUGGAAUGUAAUUAACGUGUGUAACGGAGCGUUGGUUUAUGGAUGGUGUGGUGAUUGUUCGACUGCUGUAUACGAAAUGCCUGGGCCCUCCUCCACUCUCUGUUUGUGGAUGCUCCCUAUAAUAUUACCAUGAAAGAUUUGAGGGAAACUGAUACGCUCACUCUGGUUAGCGUGAGGAAUUGCAACAACCUGAAAGUAUGCUACGUGAGGUUCGAUACAUGUUUUAGUGUGAAGGUCGGUAUCCCUCCACCAUCUGUGUGGACCUCAGUUGUAUGUGUAGUGUUUACACCUGGAGAUAAGUAGGUAUGUCUUUGUUGUGGUUUUAUCUUCCUACACAAAGGGUUUUACUUACUCUCUCUUCCCUCCCUCCC